AUGGUGUCCGACGAGACGUACGAGCUUUGCCUACCCGUACUCCAGGACGCGAGCCUUGAGGAUGAAGAGAAGACCGACAAGCUGGAAGAAUUCCUGAAGAAGGAAACCACCUUGGUUGGCAGAUCUCUAGAAAACGCGGUCCUGGACGUGUUGUGGCGAUAUCGAGAAUCCUCGACCAACCCUAGUUCACCCCCGCCGAUGCGACACACUGUUUUACGGCGCGCAGCAUCUCCAGCUCCAUGGCCUAUCCCUCGUGGCAGCAGUGGUACUCCAGUAUCGUCUUCUCCUCGCCUCGGUGUGAGCCCUCUUGCUCCCCCUGGAUUCGUGCCACAGCCCUUCACGCGAGCGAAAUCGUCGACAGCCUCUCCUUUCACAUCACCCCGCCCUUCCCCUAGACUUGCUUUCUCCAGUCCGGCCAUUCCUCAUAGUCCCAGUCUGAACGCUUAUGAGUUCCCCACCGAUACAUCCCCUACACAAGACAUAUACGGGGACUAUGGUAGUGAUAAUGUUGACUGGUUGGUAAAUGAUGAUGGUGGAAGUAAUACAUCUUCUUCAGCGGGUGGGCAAAGUGGUCUCAACGCCGCCGCCGCAGAGUAUAUCUCUCCUCAAAACACGGAAAUGUCUCCUUACGAUAUGUUGCGCAGCAUUCUUGGUCCUUCAAAGUCAGAUGAAGAGAUUGAGGCGGCCCUUGCAAUGCAUGGAUAUGACCUAAGUGCCACUAUCAUGGCAUUUAUGGAGGGCCAGACAGGGGAUGCUUCCAACAUAGCCCAAGCCAACGAUGUCAAAAAUGCCAUUUUGAUUGGCAAGUCAAUGGCUUCAAGUAUUUCACGUCCUAUUACUCCUGCAGGACAGCAAAAGAGUGGUGUGGUCUGCAGAUUUUGGCUGUCUACUGGACAAUGUCUCCGAGCCGACUGCAGGUUUAGCCAUGACCUCAGUAACCAUAUUUGCAAAUACUGGGUUGAAGGGAACUGCCUCGCUGGUGACACUUGUAUAUUUUCACAUGAUCCAUCACAUUUCAUGAGUCGCAUGAAUCUGGAGGGAAGCAACACGCCCCCCCUCCAGAGUGCUCAUCCAAGCUUUCAAUUCCAGGAUUUCAACGCAUUCCCUUCCUUACAGCCUCUGCAGGACCAGUGGCCCAAUUCUUAUAGCUCUGCAAAUGCUUUUGCUAAUUACCAGGGAGCAAGCUUCACUCCUCCACCGCCUGGUUUCAAGGGCAUGCAGGGAUAUACAAGCGAUGGUUCGAGUCAAAGAUCACGGCCAAGUUCUCGACAUCAAGCUCGGGAGAAUAUGCCCGCAGCCCCUGCUCUAGAUGACACUGAAGCAUUCCCAUCCCUUGGUGCAGUCACUAUCAAAGGUGGAAAGAAGCAUCAUGGAAAGAGAGGAGGUCAUGGGCAUGGCCACAAGGAGAACACUGCUCCUAGCUCUCUCGCCGAGGUUGUCAAGAUGUCACCUUCCCCUGGACCAAGUAUGAUAAGACAGGAUGUAAAGAAGAUAGGCCGAAAUGGCAGUUCCACUAGUAUUCGCAAUGGGGAGAACAGUACCGCAGCACAAGCCAUUCCAUCACCUCAACAUGUUCCUUGGUUAGAGACCGGCGAAAGAGCGAACAAAGCAUACCUCAAAGCCAGACAAGAUGCUAUCAAGCAUGGAGGCUUGCGGAACAAGUUCCUGCAGAGCGCUGCUCAAGCCUGGAACCGCAACGAUGCUCGUGCUGCAAAAGCUCUAAGUCUUAGAGGCCAGAGCGAGAAUGAUGCCAUGCGUAAGGCACAUCGGGAGGCCGCUAGAGAACUCUAUGAAGAACGUAAUAGAGGAAGUUCCUCACAUUCUGAGCUUUACGUAGAUCUCCAUGGCCUUCACCCAGAAGAAGCGGUCGAAUAUCUCGAGAAAGUUCUCUUAGAGAACCAAAAGGAGACAAGACCUGUUUAUGCCAUCACCGGUACUGGACACCACAGCAAGAAUGGCAAAGACAAGGUCGGCAAAGCUAUUCGAAACUUCUUAAAUGAGUGGCGCUAUGCAUUCAGCGAGUUCUCUGUUCCAGGGGAUCGAAACAACGUUGGAGGCAUUCUUGGCAUCGAUGCUAGGUCCUUCGACAAGUCACUGGCUAGAGAUGGCGUUGUAGCUUCAGUAACGGCAUCUGAGCAGGCUGAUAAAGAACCCGUUGACAUACUUUCCGAGGGUCACGAAAUCGGAGCAGGAAAGGUUCGCUUGCUUGUGCGUGAUCCUCCAAAGGGACCCAGCGCAAAUCGAUGA